AUGUUAUUUAACAAUCUAGCAAAGAUUUACUUCGACCAUUUCAACUUGAUAGAUUCUAAUCUCAACAGAACUUCAAGUUCAAUAAGCAAUAUAUCCGCAACGCUUGCUGACAUCUCUCAAUACCAAUAUAACACUCUCGAGAAAUCACUCUUUGAUUACCUUACAAGCUUCAAUUACGUCACCAACUAUGACUAUUUGAACAUAUCAAUAAAGGCUAUAUUUGAACUAUUGAGAGCUAUCCUCGCUGGUUUCACUACAAUCUUCGUAAUAGUAGCAGCAGGUUCUUUAACAUGUAUCAAGGGGUUUAUGCGCAGUUUAUUUAGAUACUCUCCCAAAUCACGCAAAUUAAGAGCUAGAAGGUUAGAACAACGUUCAUCAAAGGUAAAGGAGGGGUUAAGAUACAAUAGUGCACCAAUCUAA